AUGCUCGGGGCGGAUGAAGAGACGGGACGCGCGGCGAGCGGCGACGCGGCGGCGGCUCGAGCGGAGACGCGCGUCGUCGCGUGCGAUGAAGCUUUGAACGCGUUGCGUCAAGCCAUCGUGUGGCCGAUGCGGUACGCGAGCGAAGCGCGAAGGCUCGGCGUGCGGUUUCCUCGAGGCUUACUUUUGCAUGGACCGCCGGGUACGGGAAAGACGGAGGCGGUGCGCGCGGUGGCGGCCGAGGCGGGGGCGACGAUUUUAGGGGUGAGUAGCGGGGACAUCGUGGGCGCGUACGCGGGUGAGAGCGAGAAGCGUUUGCGUAAGAUAUUCGAACGCGCGCGGAAAGAGGUGACGAAGGGCGCGCCGUGCGUGAUCAUGAUCGAUGAGCUCGACGUGUUGUGUCCGACGAGGCAAGAAACGAGCGCGCACGAGACGAGAAUCGUGGCGCAGCUUUUGACGUUAAUGGACGGCGCAGGGGAGUCUGACGAGGUCGUCGUUCCCGUCGUUGCCACGACGAGUCGGCCGAACGCCAUCGAUCCUGCGCUUCGUCGACCGGGUAGAUUCGAUCGCGAGGUUGAGUUGUCGCUACCGAACGCGAUGGAGCGCGCAGAAAUCCUCAAACUUCACGCGAAGUCGAUUCCGCUCGCCGACGAUGUCGCGUUGGACAUCGUCGCUUUCGAUAGUAAAGGGUACAGCGGUGCAGAUAUCGCGGCGCUUUGCCGCGAAGCCGCGAUGCGUGCGAUUCAAAAUCGACGCGAGGACGGCGACAGCGAGAUGACGGUGUCGAUGGCUGAUUUUCAAGCGUCUCGCUCACGCGUGCGCGCGUCCGUCGUGCGUGGCGUCGCGAUCGAUUUGCCGCCGAUCACGUGGGAUGACAUUGGCGGUUUAGCCGACGUUAAGAAGCGGCUUAGACAAGCGGUAGAGUGGCCGUUGCACCACGCAGACGCGUUCAAGCGUCUAGGCUUGCGACCGCCAAAGGGUAUUCUUUUGCACGGACCUCCAGGAUGCGCGAAGACCACGCUCGCGCGCGCCGCAGCCACGGCAUCGGGCGCGACCGUUAUCGCGCUUUCCGCCGCGGACGUGUUCAGCAAAUACUUGGGCGAAGGUGAAAAGAUUCUUCGCAGUACGUUUACCAAGGCGCGCAAGUCGGCGCCGGCGGUUCUUCUUCUCGACGAAAUCGACGGUAUGUGCGGAUCUCGCGGCGACGGCGCGUCGGACGGCGCGCACGACGUCGCCACUCGCCUGCUUUCGGUGUUCUUGACGGAGAUGGAUGGGUUAGAGACCGCGCCCUCUACCGCGGGCGGCGUGCUCGUGAUGGCGACGACGAACCGCCCGAAGAGUCUCGAUCCCGCGCUCACGCGCCCAGGAAGACUCGAUUUAGUGCUCGAGAUUCCCCCACUCGACUUCAUCGGUCGCGUAGAGGCGUUACGCGUCCACACCCGCGACGUCACGCUCGACGACGACGUCGAUCUCGACGCGUUGGCUCGCGUCGCCGUCGGUUACACGGGCGCCGAGCUUCGUCACGUCGUCAAGGAAGCCGCGCUCGCCGCGCUUCGACAGGACAUGAACGCCGCUCGCGUGCGCCACGAGCACUUUACGAUCGCGUCGAAAUCAUAG